AGAAAAAGACAGAGAAAAAAGAAAGAAAAAAGAUCAAACGUAUAGAUUGGUAAAUUCCGAUUAGUCUCCUAAACCAUAAACCCUUGCCACCCUUACGCGCAGGGCGCCACCGCUUAAACCCUCACAUUGCACUUUCUGCCACCUGAAGAACAUGUCGGAAUCGGCGCCGGAGAUUCUUCGAGCUUACGAGCUCCGUCUCCUCCAUUGCACAUUCUCUUCUCCGCCGUCUGAUCGUCCGGCUGCUUCUCAAUCCCAAACUUCACGCAACCGUUUCCACGAACCUCUUGACAGCUUCGUGAGUUCUAUUGUAUCCGGCGACUACCAGAAAGCCCUUUCUUCCGACGCUGCUCGACUCGUGCUUGGACUCGUCAAUCAGUCGCCGGGUCAAUUCACUGAUUCGACCGAGUGCGCCGAGCGGGUGUACACUGACUUGCUCGAGUGCGCUGAGAAAUUUGUAAUUAGCAAAUUUGAAAAUGAGGAAGAUGGAUUCUAUAGACUGAUGAUCGUGGUUUGUAUUGCAAUUGCAUCAUUUCUCGCAUUUACUCAGAGUAACGUGACUGGACCGUUAGGGGGGCUGGCUAGAUCUCCUAUGGCAGUCAUAGAGUCCAAAUUUGAAGAUUUUGUGGAGUGGGAUAAUUGGGCGAGGCACCAGCUGAUGUCUACCGGGUCCGAUUUAUUUGGCAAAUUCACUAAUAUUCAGUAUAUUGUGUUUGCAAAGAUGCUGCUCACAAGGAUCAAAGAUGUGCUAUUUAAGGAACAUGUGAGUUCAAUGUAUGGGCUGAAAAGCAUUUCUUGGUGGCUUGCCAGAGUACUACUUUUUCAACAGAGAAUUUUAGAUGAGCGGUCGUCUUCUUUGUUUGAUCAUUUGCAAGUCCUUAUGGGUGAAGCCUUAGUAGAUUUUGGCAUUCUGGAAAAUGUAAAGAGUUAUUGGGGUGCCAAUUUACAAGAAGGAGAGGCUUCAACGAUUGUUUCCAUGGUUCACUUGGAAGCUGGGAUAAUGGAAUAUUAUUAUGGAAGAGUUGAUUCAUGCAGGCAACGUUUUGAGUCAGCUGAAGUGGAAUCUGGUCUUCAGCUUUCUGUUACGGGUGUUCUUGGUUUUCGCACUUCAUAUCAGGUGGAACCAAAGGCACAAUUGGUGCUUGUUGCAAAUACAGACUCGUCAGGGGGUGACUCUAGGAACCAGGUGCAUGGUUCUACAAUUGAUAAGGAUAAUUUUCCUUCCCAGACCAAAACUUUUGAGACUUCUGACAUAUUGAUCACGCCAAAGUUGUUAAAUAAUGGUAACGUGUCUGGAAUUGAAGGAGAUGUGGUUCAGAAUGGUAGUUCCACUGUUUCUAAUCUUAGGGCAAUUCAGCAGGCAAUCAUUUUGGCAAAAUGCCUUCUAAUUGAGAAGAGUUCUCGAUCUGAUGAGAUGCAGCGGUGGGAUAUGGCUCCAUAUAUAGAAGCUAUUGACACUCAGCAGUCAUCAUUGUUUAUGGUGAGGUUUUUCUGCAACAUCUUGCGAGUUCGAUGGGAGUCAAGUCGUAGUCGUACAAAGGAGCGUGCAUUAGUGAUGAUGGAAAAAUUGGUUGAGGGUUAUUAUGAUUCCUAUCCAGGAGUGGUGCAAAGGAUGUAUUUCUGUUGCGGGGUUUAUGUUCCUACUUUUCCUGCUUUGCGGAAAGAAUAUGGUGAACUUUUAGUGAGCUGCGGUUUGAUUGGAGAGGCAGUUAAAAUUUUUGAGGAGUUGGAGUUGUGGGAUAACUUAAUCUUCUGUUACCGCUUAUUAGAGAAGAAAGCAGCGGCGGUAGAUCUCAUCAAAAGUCGACUUUCUCAAAUGCCCAAUGAUCCCAAACUCUGGUGCUCAUUGGGUGAUGUUACAAAUAGUGAUGCCUAUUACGAGAAAGCCUUGGAAGUUUCAAAUAACAGAUCAGCUCGAGCUAAGCGGUCUCUUGCUCGUAGUGCAUACAACAGAGGGGACUAUGAGACCUCUAAAAUCCUGUGGGAGUCUGCAAUGGCCUUGAAUUCUAUGUAUCCAGAUGGUUGGUUUGCACUUGGUGCUGCUGCAUUGAAGGCAAGGGAUAUUGACAAGGCACUUGAUGGUUUUACUCGAGCAGUUCAACUUGAUCCUGAAAAUGGGGAGGCUUGGAACAAUAUUGCUUGUUUGCAUAUGAUUAAGAAAAGGAAUAAAGAGGCCUUCAUCGCAUUCAAAGAAGCCUUGAAAUUCAAACGAAGUAGUUGGCAAUUGUGGGAGAACUACAGCCAUGUUGCUUUGGAUACAGGCAAUAUUGGGCAGGCAUUGGAAGCGGUACAACAGGUGAUAGAUAUGACCAAUAAUAGAAGAGUUGAUGCCGAAUUGCUGGAGAGAAUCAUGCAAGAGGUAGAAAGGAGAGCUUCAAAUAGCCAUUCUGAAUCGCAUCAUUGUGAAGCAGACUUGGUUGUUGAGAAAAGUAGGGAAACUAAUCAUAUGGUGGAGUUAAUUGGAAAUGUUCUGCGUCAGAUUGUUCGAGGUGGGACUGGAGCAGACAUAUGGGGCAUAUAUGCAAGGUGGCACAAAAUUAAAGGAGACUUCACAAUGUGCUCUGAGGCCCUUCUAAAGCAAGUUAGAUCAUAUCAGGGUUCUGAUCUUUGGAAAGAUAAGGAUAAGUUCAUAAAAUUUGCACAAGCUUCAUUAGAACUUUGCAGGGUCUACAUGCAUGUCUCAUCGACUACGAAUAGUCAGCGAGAAUUAUAUACAGCCGAGAUGCACCUCAAGAACACAGUAAAACAGGCUGUGAACUUCUCAGACACCCAAGAAUAUAGGGAUCUUGAAGCUUGCCUGGAUGAAGUGAAGACAAGAUUGCAAUCUAAUUCUAUUCUCUCUUGAGUUCUUAUUAAGAAGUUUGCAAUACACACACUUCAUUCGUCAAAAUAUUAUACAACAUGAGAUGGCUCCGAGUAUGGAUCUCUUCGAUCAGAAACGGGCUUGUACUGCUUUCAUGGCAAUUCAGCUUCUUUCAUGUCUAGUGUUGCCAAAGUCUAAAGUUCACCUGCACGGAUCACAAAUGUGAGAGGAACUGGGAAAAUAUUUGAUUGAGUGUGGAUGGAGGCCAAAGAAGGGUCUGCUAGAAACAACGCCAAAACUUCUUCAGAAGACCAGUCUUGUAUUAAAUUUUCAUAAUUUAUGGUCUACUACUGAAAAAUGGACUCAAGUUCUGCUACAAAAAUAAAUCUAUCAAAUACACAAAUACUCUGUUUAAGUAGAACCAAUGGGGUUUGGAAAUCUUCAAUAUUAAAGGGAGUAUAUGUCAAUUACAAGAAUUAUAUGGCAAAAACUGGUAAAUGUCUAAUGUUGGCAUCAUCUAUACUAUGUUGAAUACUAAUCCAUCAACUACAAAGUUGCAAGCUACAACUGUAAUGAAUUUACGAAUUUAAAGCAUUAUGAAUAUAGUAGUUUUUUUUUUAAA